AUGCGGUUUUCCACCCUCGUCCCCCUGCUCGCCCUGACCUUGACUGGUCUGGACAUGCUUGUCCACGCUACUCCCAACCAUAUCCUCAAUUGGGACUGCAGCGAUAGAAUGCAGGGCACGUCGCUGGAAUGGGACAAACCAUCCGACAGCACGAAGCAGGCUCGAAGCAACGCUGCUGGGUGCGGCAACAACAACCGCUGCAGCAAAGCUCCCUAUGGCUCUACCUUUGAAUGCGACGAGUUCCCGUACAAAUCAACCAAGAACGCCGACCACAACGUUGCCGUGAACCGAUGCGUUCCAAAGGAUCAGAACAGGCGUCAAGGAGCACUCCUCAAGAACUUCUACUACUCGCAAGGCCGCUUCUCCAGCGUAGGACUAGGCGGCAGGCCGGGGCAUUUUCAAAUCAGCUUUUCCAAUGUCGGCCAUCUGCAAUACUGCAAGUCGGCGACGGGGACCCCGGACUGCACCAACGACGGCAACGAGUACGACCGGAACGGCAAGGCGCACGACAAGAAGAAGAGGGAUGAUGCUGACAGCAACGAUGGGACUCAGGACCCUCCGAAUCAUUAUCUCCUCUCCGACGGCCGCGACAUCUACGUGCCUGGAGGCGCAGAGAUAGGGGAUCACGUCUGGACGCCCAGGGCGCGUAAUGCGAGCCUGUUCGAUGAAAUGCUGGACGCCGAUGAGCCGGAUGACAGUCAGGGGUUGGAGCAGUAUGACUAUAUGCUGCACAAUCUGUACCUGGAGAACGCGACUAUUGUUGCGGUGAUUCCAUAG